AUGCGACAAAUUGUUGCAGACAAACUGUGGACUGCACCAGAAGUGCUCAACUGCUCUGCACCUCCGAAUACGAAAGCUGGAGAUAUAUACUCCUUCGCUGUUAUUGCGGCUGAAGUUAUUGAAAGAAAACCUGCAUGGUUGCUGUAUGGUGAUGGUUCCAAUGUGGAAAAUAUCAUCAGCAAAGUCAAAAAGGGAGGAAGUGUGCCGCUGCGUCCGACACUGCAACUCGAUACGCUGGAUAUUUCAGCAGAACUAAUUACACUGGUGCGAAGCUGCUGGAGAGAAAGCUCUGUGAGUCGGCCGGCGACAGAGUUGAUUUGCGAACAAAUACGAGAAAUGAUGAAAUCUGCUGGUCAGACAAACCUUAUGGAUCAUGUGUUUGCAAUCUUGGAGGAACACACAACUUCCCUUGAGCUGGAGAGUCGAUCGAAGGACCUUAUGCAAGAGAAGAAAAAAGCCGACAUCUUACUUGGAAAAAUGCUCCCAAGGCAAGUUUUAAGUUUUAAACAAUUGCAGCUGAAGUGGCUAGAAGUUUACUCAAUCUCGUUUAGACAAGUAGCCGACCGAUUGAAGUUGGGCCAGUCAGUGGAACCAGAGGGAUUCGACAGUGUGACGGUUUUCUUCUCGGAUAUUGUAAAGUUCACCAUUCUUGCUUCUAAAUGUUCUCCUUUCCAGGUAGUCAAUCUUCUCAAUGAACUCUACGGGAAUUUUGAUGCAAUCAUUGAAGAACACGAUGCUUAUAAAGUCGAGUCUAUUGGUGACGGCUACCUUUGCGUCUCAGGUCUACCACAAAGAAACGGACAUCAGCAUAUAAAAGAGAUUGUUGAG